AUGGCCCUUCUCUUUGCUGGAAGGCUGUUUGCCGUAAAAAAAGAUCUGCGUUCGAAAGGUCAUAUAAGUGCCACAUAUGAGAAAUUAAGAAUGACAGAAUCAAGAGUUAGGAUGCAUGGAGUGGCCUGUGGAAAAAAGGUCCAGCGAAGGAGAGUGAAAUUUUGUGGGGAAGCUUGGAAGAAAAGAAGAGUAGGGCGUGUGGGAGAGGGUGUAGUGUCACAUGGUAAGCAUGGGAUUGUUUGUGACAGAGAUGGCAAUAAAAGUGUUCGAACGGUCGACCAUGGCACGUGA